GCUGUGGCGACAGCCGCCACUCCUCGGGCAGUUAUUUUUACUUUCCGAUUGUCGUCGUCCUCGCGGCGACGCGAGGUGAGCGGAGGCGAUUCGACAGGCCCCCGUUGCACGCUGAACCCGAGCUUCGCGAGGAGCCGCGUGAUGAACUUGACCGAGCCACGUGAUAAUACCCGCUCACUUCUACGACCACCCGCCGCGUUUCAUUGCCAUCCCGCCACCGGCAAGCUUCGAGGCUGAGGAACCUUGCUGUCAAAGAUCGUCCGAACCGCAGGAAGGCGACGCUUCACCAGCUCGUGCACGGCGAUCCUUGUUUUGUGGAGUAAAUUGAAGCCAACAGCAUGGAGACUGAAGAGAAGGCGGCAACGUUUGGUGCAGCUGACUAUGCAGUGUUCACCGUGAUGCUUGUGGUGUCAUCGCUUAUUGGCAUCUACUACCGGUUUACGGGUGACCGGCAGCGGACAGCACGUGAAUACCUAGUGGCAAACAAGAACAUGUCAGUGGUGCCCGUGGCAUUCUCACUCAUGGCGAGCUUCAUGUCUGCCGUUACGCUGCUGGGUGUACCUUCAGAGAAUUACUUCUACGGCACUCAGUUUGUCGUGAUCAACAUCGCUUACAUCUUUGGCACACCAAUCGCUGCCUACGUUUUCCUGCCCGUUUUCUACAAGCUUCAAGUCAUCAGUGUUUAUGAGUACUUGGAGAGAAGAUUUGGGAAGGCUACCCGGCUGACUAUGUCAGCUACAUUUGUUAUACAAAUGGUACUCUACAUGUCCGUCGUGUUGUACGCACCAGCUGUGGCCCUGAGUGCUGUCACUGGCAUAUCAAAAUGGCUUUCUAUUAUCUCUGUGGGCUUGGUUUGCACAUUUUAUUGCACUAUUGGUGGCAUGAAGGCUGUUCUGUGGACUGACCUGUUCCAGUCAAUACUCAUGUUUCUUUCCAUGUUUGCUGUUGUUGGUGUGGGCACGUAUAACAUGGGCGGUGUCUACAACGUCUGGAAUGAAGCGCUCGCUGGAGGAAGGAUAGAGUUCUUGAACUUUGACCCAGACCCAACCGUGCGCCACACCGUAUGGACUCUGGCCAUUGGAGGUAUCUUUGUCUACGUGUCUCUCUAUGGUGUCAAUCAAGCACAAGUUCAGAGGCUCAUGACAGUCAGCACGCUCAAGAAAGCACAGCUUGCUCUCUUCAUCAACUGGCCGAUUGUUUCAGCACUUAGCUUGGUUACAAGCUUUGCUGGUAUUGUGAUGUAUGCCAACUUCAGACACUGUGAUCCCUUGUUGUCGGGCAAGAUAACCAAAACAGAUCAGGUGCUACCCUAUUUUGUGAUGCUCAACCUGGGAGGAGUGCAAGGACUCCCUGGGCUCUUUGUGGCUGGGAUUUUCAGUGGAGCUCUGAGUACAGUCUCGUCAGCUGUAAAUUCCUUGGCGGCUGUUUUGCUAGAGGACUUUGUGAGGCCCUUUUGCAUUUCACAGAAGACUUACGACAAGCACGCAUCACUCAUUCUCAAAGUUCUCGCUUUCUUCUUUGGCGUCCUGUGUGUACUGCUGACGGGUUUGGUGGAGCAGCUGGGAGGCGUUCUGCAGGCGUCCUUUAUGAUCUUUGGAGUGGUGGGUGGCCCACUGCUCGGAGUCUUCACACUAGGUUUGCUGUGUCGCAGAGCCAAUCAAGAGGCGGCACUGUCUGGUCUUGUGGCAGGCCUUGUGAUGGGUUUCUGGAUCGCGAUCGGUGCCACCGUGUAUGGUCUAAAGCCCGAGAGCCUUCCUCUCCUUAAUGACAGCUGCCCGGUGUCGUCAAAUGUCACAACUGCCUUGACAACCACCGUGUCUUAUGUGUCGGAAAAUAUAACCACAGCUGCAGUGAGCAUCCCUACUGAAAGCACAGUGUCAGACAAUGCGACAUCUGUGGGAGUCAUCACCGGUGAGAGGUACAUAUUGCCUCUGUACCGUCUGUCAUACCAGUGGUACUGCGGCUUUGGCUGGCUGGUCGUCGUCGUGGUUGGCAUUGUAGUCUCAUUGCUGACGGGAGGUGCCAAGGACGUCGACCCUUGCUGCUUGAGCCCAUUGGUUACAAGGAAUUCCAGCUGUCGUCAACGGUCCUGGUCGUUGGGCAGGGUGCGACAUUCAUCUGUCGCAAGUUCACAGAUUCCCAUGGCUGCGAUCAAAGAAUAGCAUCUGUUGCACACAGUGCCUCACUCAAGCGCCAGCAGAGGAGAAACUUGCAGCAGCAAGUCAACGGUUUUAUUUUUCACUUUCACUAGGGCAGGGCUCAGAAUUCACCUUGGGAUAUGCCAUGUAUUCAUGUGGUGUCUAGAAACACCCCUGUCAGAUUUUUUUUACUAUGUGUACACAUUCUAUUAUUCUUUUAUGUACAUUAAGUUGCGGCACAGUGCCUGUGUCAUUUUUAAAGUAUUGGGGCAUCGUUUUACUCUUUUGUGCUGACAGUGCCGUUCUUUUGUUAAGUGUUUUAAUUGGCAUGUGGCCUGUCGUGGUUACUUUUUUUUUUUCGGUUUAAUUUUACUUGCUUGCCAUCAAACAUCAACAUUUCUUGUUAUUUUCAUUCAUAGGAAGCUUGCAGUGGUGAUUAUGUUUCAAUGUAGUGAAUGAACUACAGAUCUCAUAUUUUGCAGACAUCUAGGAGUGAUGCACAGAUCUGUGAAGCACACAUUUUGGGCUUUGCUGGACAUGAAACUUAUCCGAGUCUUCCAUGCCAAGUUGAGCAGAGGCAGAAGUGAUUCAAUGCAGUUUUUAACCUUCCUUUCCUCCCUAGCCAACUGUUGUUGUUAUUGCUGUCGGUAUGUUUACAGUGUUUCCAGUAAAUGCCGUCCUUGUAUAGUCGUGAAAAGGGCUGAUGUAUUGGUGUGUAGACAAGUGUUGGUGCUAGUUUGCUGUUAUUGCCGGUCUUUAUGCUAAAGCUGAGCCGCCUUGUAGAGGAAUUGUAGACAUGAAAUGUGUUACAUGCCUGGCAUCUCAAUGAUGUUUGUUGUUGGAGUUGGACUCUCGAGAGUAAGUUAGAAACUAAGCUUAAAGUGCUUUUCAGAGCUUCAGAAGCAAGGUUGGAAUGUUGUUCCCUUUCACAUCCAGUAUUGAAAGAUGUUUGUAUUGCCCCUGGGGCUAAUUAUGCAGUGAUGUGAAAAGUAACUGUACCAUUGUGUUCUCACAGGUUCAAACAUCUGAGCUCGAGGAAUUAAUGACGUAGAUGCCUGCUGAAAGUUACAGUGGAUGGCAGUCAUCACAGUGGCUUGAAAGAUGUUCUCAGUUCAUCAGAGGGCCUCAGUUGCUUGUAAUCAAAAAAGCAGAGGUGUGGUCUAAUUUAGGAGAGGCUGUAGUGCAAUGGAACAGACACAAAAAAAAUGAUGAGACAGGCUGGACCUGCAACCAAUCUUUAUUAUUAUUUGCAACUCUGGUACUUAAUCUUAAUUUAUUUUCUGUUUUCCUUCAUCUGUAUUGCAUUGGGCUCAAUUUUUUCCGAAACACAGUGCAUUUAAAAACAAUGAUCAAAGGUCUUUUCAAAGUCACUGUUGUUCAAAAUGGCAUUCAGUCAAGCAUCCUCUUGUGCACAGACCUGUUGUGAAACGUUGUCAUUUAGAAAUGGAUGUGAUGACGUGAAGAGGUUCUUGGGAUUUUGUGGAAAAGGCAUUUUGUUAAAAGGAACACGCUUGGGGCACUGGCUUUUUUUUGCUCUUCAGAAAGCUGUGUGCAUGUUACUUAGUUGCAAUAUGUACAUUUGCGUAGUUCAGCUGCCGUCUUUUGAGAGAAGACCCCGCGGUGUGUGUUUGUUGCAGGAUAACAAACUACACCCUUCAGAUCACUGUCAGAAAUCCGAGCAGUGUCUGAAACAUUCAGUACAUAUACACUAACUUAUUUUUACACAUUCCGCCUGGAAGUGCACCGUUACAUGGUUGGGACUUUUUUGGGGGGAGGAGCAUAAUGUGAAAGUGCAAUAUGUUUUGUAGGUGAGAUUUCACUGUCUGGACAUGCUCCUCUUUCAUUUUAAUCCCUUUUCGAGGGGUUAGCUCACUGGGGUCAUGUCAGCCAUAUUUUCAGUGUAGGUAUCACUUAUUGUAAGUGCAUUAAAUGCUCGCAUGUUGAAGAUGCUGUGUGUAUUCCAGGAAUGGUUUCUUAUGGUUGCCAGCGCGGUGAAAGAUCCGUUACACACACGUGCGCUUGUCAGCUGUGAUAAAGUUUUGGCACUGUGCAGCGUGAAAUCUACAAUACAAUAACGUCAGGGGAUGUUCCCACGAAAAAUACGAAGAGAAGGUGUUUUAUGUGGUAGGCUGUGUUCGCUGUUAGUUUUCAGCCUUUUUUUUUAAAUUGUGAUUCAAGUUUCAUUCUUCAUGUUAUGUUGUUUUAGAAGUUUAGAACAUGGUGGUCCUCUUUCCCAUAGUGUUAACACUGCUGCAUACAAAUGUUAAUUUUAAAUGUGUUGCUUUGGCUUUGCUCAGUGUUGGAGCACAACUCCUUGUUUAUGACACAGGUUGAACAAACUUGCUUGGUGGCUGCUACUGUUUGUGGCAGCUAUCACCACAGCAACCAUAUCAGUGAGUCUUGAAGCUUGGUUAUUUGUAAGGGUCAGUAAUUGGGUAAUAGAAUCUGACGUUGUAUAAUCAAGACUUCUUUAUAACAUGUAUUUUCAAGUGGUGUGCUUUUGAUCUCUAUUCAUGGGCUUGUGUGAAUUUUUCCAGUGGUUGUGAAGAUCCAAAAUCAUCUCUAAUGUUUCAUUGAACGUGUGAACAAAGAAUGAAAUUAAAUUAUUAUACUCUAA